AGAGCAACAGAUUCCUUUGAGUGAUGUUUUUGCAGGUGGAGUUGGUAGCAAUACUAUUACAUCAGAAGAGAUCUUAGUCUCUGUCCUUAUUCCCCAUUCUAGAAAGGGGGAGUAUGUCUCUGCAUUUCGACAAGCACCAAGACGGGAAAAUGCUCUCGCAAUAACUAAUGCUGGGAUGAGAGUCCUUUUUGAAGAACGUACAGACAUAAUAAAGGAUUUAAGCAUUUUCUAUGGAGGUGUUGUCUCCACCACAAUCUGUGCAAAACAAACCUGUUGGACACUUACCAGAAGAUGUUGGAAUGAAGAAAUGUUGGAUGAAGCUUGCCAACUAGUUCUUAAAGAAAUUGCUCUUUCAGGCUUAGCCAGUGGUGAAAACGUAGACUAUAAGAAAACUUUGAUAGUCAAUUUCUUCUACAGAUUUUACCUGGAAGUGUUGCAGUCACUAAAUGCAAUAGAUCCUUGCUGCUACCCCAGCAUACCUAUGGAAUAUAGGAGCGUCCUACAAGAUUUCAAAACCAGAAUGCCCCAGACUAUCCAAAUAUACCAGGACGUAGAGCCAAGUCAGUCUCCACAGGAUCCUGUAGGAUGGCCAAUCAUGCACCUGUCUGGAAUUAAACAUGCCACUGAAGCAGUUUAUAUUGAUGACCUUCCUUUGGUGGAUGGGGAGCUCUUCCUGGUUGUUGUCACUAGUUCCAGAGCCCACGCUAAGAUUGUAUCUGUAGAUACCUCAGAGGCUCUAAAAGGACCAGAUGUGUUCGAUGUCAUAACAGCUAACGAUGUACCAGCUACAAAUGAGUUUUAGGACUCCAGUGCCACUGAUCCAGAGAUGAUAUUUGCAAGAAACAAGGUGGUUUGUGUGGGUCAGAUUGUCUGUGCUGUGGUUGCGCAUUCGGAUGCUCAUGCCAGACAAGCAGAUGCGAAAGUGAAGAUAGAGUAUGAAGAGCUGGAACCAGUCAUCUUAACAAUUGAGGCAAUGAGCAUGCUGGAUGUUUAUAAAUCUUUUGGAGGCUAUAUAAAGCACAACUCAUUCUUUGAGCCAAAAAGAAAAUUAGAACAUGGAAAUAUUGAUCAGUCAUUUGAAACUGUUGAUAAUAUAAUUGAAGGGGAAAUUUGCAUUGGGGGACAGGAACACUUUUACAUGGAGACUCAGAGUGUGCUUGCUGUUCCAAAAGGAGGGGAUAAAGAAAUGGAUGUGUAUGUGUCAACAUAGCAACCAGCAACUAUUCAGGAAAUGGUAGCUGCAAGUUUAGGUGUUCCAGCCAACAGAAUCAUGUGCCACGUUAAACAGGUUGGCGGAGCUUUUGGUGGGAAAAUCCUGAAAGCUGGCUUACUGGCAUCACUUGCUGCAGUGCCAGCAAACAAAACCAACAGAGCAGUCCGUCUUAUCCUCAGUCGAGGGGAUGAUAUGUUAAUCACUGGUGGGCGACAUCAUUUUACUGGUAAAUAUAAAGUUGGCUUCAUGAAUGAUGGUAGAAUCAAAGCUGUGGAUACCAAAUACUACAUUAAUGGAGGAUGCACCCCUGAUGACUCUGUCCUGGUGGCAGAAGUAGCCUUGUUAAAACUGGACAAUGCAUACAAGAUUCCCAACUUGAGAUGCCAGGCUUUUGCCUGCAAAACAAACUUGCCACCAAACACAGCGUUCCGAGGGUUUGGCUUUCCCCAGUCAGCACUGGUGACAGAAACUUGGAUAACAGCAGUUGCAGACAAAACAGGUUUAUCAUCAGAAAAGAUUAGAGAAAUAAAUAUGUAUAAGGAGAACGAGCAGACACACUUCAAACAAAAGCUUGAUCCACAAAACUUAAUACGGUAUUGGAAUGAAUGUAUGGAGAAAUCUGCAUACUACAGUAGGAAAACAGCUGUUGAUGAGUUUAACAAACAAAAUUACUGGAAGAAAAAAGGGAUUGCCAUUUUACCAAUGAAGUUUCCAUUUGGACUAGGCACAUGUUUUCUUCCUCAGGCUGCUGCGCUGGUUCAUAUUUACACCAAUGGGUCUGUGCUUCUGACACGUGGUGAAAUUAAAAUGGGACAGGGUAUUCAUACAAAAAUGAUCCAGGUUGCUAGUCAGGAAUUGAACAUCCCCAUGUCAUGGAUUCACUUCUGUGAAACAAGCACAACCACUGUUCCCAACGCAUGCGCCUCAGCUGGAUCCGCAGGGACGGAUGUCAAUGGCAUGGCUGUGAAGGAUGCUUGUCAAACUCUUCUGAAACGCCUGCAGCCUAUAAUUGACAAGAAUCCAAAAGGGACAUGGAAUGACUGGAUUAAAGAAGCUUUUGAACACAGUCUGAGUCUUUCAGGUAUUGGCUACUUUAGAGGUUACAGUGAAAACAUGGAUUGGGAGAAAGGGGAAGGACAGCCAUUCACAUAUUUUCUUUAUGGAGCCUCUUGUUCAGAGGUUGAAAUUAACUGUCUAACAGGAGAUCACAAGAACCUGAGAACAGACAUUUUUAUGGACAUUGGAAGCAGCAUAAAUCCAGCUGUGGAUAUAGGACAGACCGAAGGCGCCUUUGUUCAAGGCAUUGGACUGUACACGAUGGAGGAAUUAAAGUACUCUCCAGAAGGAGUCCUCUAUACUCGGGGUCCGGAUCAGUACAAGAUCCCUGCUGUUUGUGAUAUUCCAGAACAGUUUAGUGUUUCCCUUCUGUCAUCUUCCCAAAAUCCUUAUGCCAUCUAUGCAUCCAAGGGGAUAGGUGAGGCAGGACUUUUCUUGGGAUGCUCUGUUUUCUUUGCUUUGAGAUAUGCAGUAACUAGAGUUCGGAAUGAAAGAGGACUGAAGAAACCCUUUGCACUGAACAGCCCUCUGACUGCUGAACAGAUACAGACAAGCUGUGCAGAUGCCUUUACUGAGAUGGUGACAGACAAUGAAUCUGCUUCCUCCACUCCUCGGGCCUUAUCUGUGUGA